AUGACGUGCGCACGUUGGAGCAGAUACGACGUGAAGCUCAACAACGCCAUCCUGGCGGAGGAGAAGCACGUUCCCAUGUACGCGGAGCUCAAGGACAACUACCCCGUGGAGUACAUCGCGGGCGGCGCCACGCAGAACUCCAUCCGCGUCGCUCAGUGGAUGCUCCAAACGCCCAAGGCGGUGUCGUACAUGGGGUGCAUCGGCAGGGACGAGUUCGGGCAGGAGAUGACCAAGAACUGCACGGCCGUGGGAGUCAAUGUCCACUAUAGGGAGGACGACACCACGCCAACUGGCACGUGCGCCGUCCUUAUUGUUGGCGGCGAACGGUCGUUGAUCGCCAACCUGGCAGCGGCCAACUGCUACAAGGUCGAUCAUCUGCACGCGCCAGAGAACUGGGCGCUAGUGGAGAGGGCGCAGUUCUAUUACAUCGCGGGGUUCUUCCUCACCGUGAGCCCCGACAGCAUCAUGGCCGUCGCCAAGCAUGCAGCGGAGAACAAUAAGGUGUUCACCAUGAAUCUGGCGGCGCCCUUCAUCGCACAGUUCUUCACACAGCCGCUCAUGGACGCCCUCCCCUACGUGGACUACCUGUUUGGGAACGAGACUGAGGCGCAGACCUUCGCCAAGGUUCAAGGCUGGGAGACGGAGAAGGUGGAGGAGAUAGCGCUCAAGAUGACGGAGCUGCCGAAGGUGAACGAGGCGAGGAAGCGGGUGGUGGUGAUCACGCAGGGCAAGGACGACACCGUCAUCGCCACCGACGGCAAGGUGACGACCCACCCGGUGAUUCUGGUGAAGAAGGAGGAUCUGGUGGACACCAACGGCGCCGGCGACUCCUUUGUGGGAGGCUUCCUGUCGCAGCUGGUGCAGGGGAAGGACAUUGCCGAGUGCAUCCGGGCCGGUAAUUACGCGGCCAACGUCAUCAUCCAACGGUCAGGAUGCACUUUCCCGGAGAAGCCCGACUUCAAGUGA